AUGGACGACUUUGACGACUUCACUUCGUCGAGCAACGCGGGCGGAGAAAUCGACUUUGACGCAGCUGCUGCCCAGUUUCCGGACAUUUCUCUCGAUGGCGACUUCACCGUAGCCCCAGUCCCCACACGCAACCUGACACUAGGUUCCUCGUCAUCCAAUGAUUUCCUCGCAUUCGACCCCCAACCACCGGCCCAAACAGCACUCAAGGUUACCGGCGACGACGAGAUCGAGAAGUUCUCGAGCGAGUUCCCCGAUAUUGAGGUCCCGACUUCCCCCCCGUUCAUCCAGCAACAGGCACCAACGUUUGGCGCCCCGCGGCCACAACCGUCGGCAUUCACCUCGACCCCCAUUUUGACGCAGGAGAUUGAAGAGGACGAGCCGCAGGUGAUCAAGGAAUGGCGCGAGAAACAGGCGGAGGAGAUUGCGAAGCGUGAGGCAGCGGCGAAGGACCGCCGGCAAGCGACUAUCACCAAGGCCGAGCAGGCCAUCGACGAGUACUACGAGGCGUACAACCAGAAGAAGGCACGUGCGAUCCGGGACAACAAAGACUCGGAAAGCCACUUCAUCGAGACACUUUCUGGCGCGCUCUCCAAGGGAACGACGUGGCAGCGCAUCUGCGAAUAUGUCGAGCUUGAAAACUCCCAGAGCAAAACCAUUGCGCGGUCUGGCACUGGUACGACAGACCUGACCCGCUUCAAGGAGGUGUUGUUGCGACUUAAGCGGGAGGGGGACAACGCGCCCGGUGCAGCGGGUUUCUAA